UGGAAGUGAGUGAACCAAGUUGCGGGUCGCUGGUGCCAACGCCCGGCGAAAGAGAGCUAACACCCGGCGAGAGGACCCACGGAGAGACGCAGCUAACGAGUUCGCUAGCUGAUCCAGAACAAACACAGAGAUGCAGACUAUCAAGUGUGUGGUGGUGGGUGAUGGAGCAGUGGGUAAAACCUGCCUGCUGAUUUCCUACACCACCAACAAAUUCCCCUCGGAGUAUGUCCCCACAGUGUUUGACAACUAUGCUGUAACUGUGAUGAUCGGGGGAGAACCAUACACCCUCGGUUUAUUUGAUACAGCAGGUCAGGAGGAUUAUGACAGGCUACGACCACUAAGUUACCCACAGACAGAUGUCUUCUUAGUCUGCUUCUCAACCGUGUCCCCUUCCUCGUUUGAGAAUGUGAAAGAAAAGUGGGUUCCUGAAAUCACUCACCACUGUCCCAAGACCCCCUUCCUGUUGGUAGGCACUCAGAUCGACCUGCGCGACGACCCCUCCACAGUGGAGAAGUUAGCCAAGAACAAACAGAAGCCAAUCACCCCCGAGACAGCAGAAAAGCUGGCCCGUGACCUGAAGGCAGUCAAAUAUGUUGAGUGCUCGGCCCUAACACAGAAAGGGUUAAAGAAUGUGUUUGAUGAGGCAAUACUGGCGGCCCUGGAGCCCCCCGAACCUAAGAAAAGACAUAAAUGUGUUCUGCUCUAAGUUUCAUCGCAGCCUGCUCCACACCACUUCCCCGUAACUAGGUUAACAGUCCUGAAGAGGUUUUCCUGCACAAGCACAUUCCAAGAUAAGUUGAGAGAUCAUGAAAUAUUUGUCCUCUGACUGACUUAGCCUGCAAACAUAGUCAAUGUGCUGAACAUGAUUUUAAGAUUGCUGACUUGACCCCACUUGCAUAAUGUGAAGACUGAAUACGUGAAGUAUAUCAGCAAACUGUAGGUAACAGUUCAAUAAUAGAUCACUUUGACAACAUUAGAGUUGAUUUUGACAAGUGGAAGAACUGACUGUUGUAAUGAUGGUAUUGUAGUGGAUCUAACUGUUGUAUCAAGUGGCCUAUGAAACACAAAUAUAAGCUUAUAAUGAUGGGUUAGUGAGAAGCUCAAGUUCUGUAUUAGUGCAACUUUCAUUUUCCUGAAGUGAAUCAUUUGCACUGCAUCUUCAAUCCUGGUAUAUGAGACUCCAGUUUUCUUUCAUCACUGAUGGGGUAUGUAGCAUUAUAGAUCCACCUACAGCCAUGGAACUCAAAUAUUUAGUUUUUCAGGAUUUUUUUUAAGAACUGACACAAUUUCAAAGAGUUAGCAGGAGUCUCUGUGUUUCACACAACGUCUGUAAACACAGUCUCCUGGAAGAUCUAUGAACCAGCUGACGUAAUCUGACAUUUCUAGGGUAUGCUCCACUGUAGCUCUAGUUUGCCCAAAGAAAACCAGAUCAAAUUGACUCCUGACGGAGCAGAGAUCCACAGAGGCUGAGAAACAAGUCAUCAUUGAGGCUGAGUCUCAAACGAUGGGAACAUUCCAAUCAGAAAACAUCUGUCACAAACAGUCACCAUCAAUUUGAGUAACUACUUGAGCACAAGUUUUGUAAGGUAUGCGAGAAAGUGAUGUUUAAACCCUUAUAUAACAAAACUUUGAGCGUUACAGCUCAUAACCAGAGGCUAAUUUAUUUUGUGAAGGGAACAAACUCGCUGCUACGCUGCAACAGCCUCAUUAAGAUGGCAACAACACAUUGUGACACGUCUUAUAAAAUGCUAAACAUAGUUUGACAUCCUGUGAAGAUGACUGAACUAAUACGAUUUGCAUUUCUUUUACUUCACCCUUGCCCUAGAUGUUGGGCUUGAAUUUGAUUUGUAAAUAGAGUGAGAAUAUACUUAUUGACUGAAUGAAACAUGUGCAUUGUUGAUAACGAGAUUUAAAGAAGCUGACGUGACCCUGAAAUCCAAUAAACCAGGAAAAUGACAAGUUUCUUGGACGGUUAUGAUUUUUAUUCAAUUUGACAUCAAAGUUGUACUGUAUCUUAUCUUGCCUGUGAUAAAACAUCACAAUAAACCAGUAUUAUGAAUAAACUUAACUUCAAAUA